AUGGACAAAGAGCGGGUUCGGAUGGAGAGGAGGAUCACGAUCUUGGAUGAGAAAAUUGGGAGCCUGCAGAAGGAGGCGGAAGACAUUCGUUUACGUGCUUCUGUGGUCAUGGGUGUAAUGCCGGAGCAGGCAGCAUCAUGCGGAGAUGUCUGGCAGCUCCAGGAGCUGGCUUUCUCAAAGCUGGUUUUUGGCACGCAUGCAAUCAAUCAAUUCAAUCUCUCCGGGGUCUCGGAGAUAUCGUUAGUUUCAAUCGCCGUGCAAGUGCUUUUGUUCGGCAAUCGCUUCGCAUCGCAUUAUGUUGUGCGUCCACUGAGUUGGUCGCGGUAUAACAAAGCAGGUUCCAAACUCUCCAGUCAAAACCGUUACGAGUGUGAGCACAUGGCGGCCGAUGAGAUCCAGCACAGAAGAUGCGGGUGA